AUGGUUCCAUUUUUUGGUUGGAAACGACUUCUUGGAUUGGCGCUUAUCGUUGUAACCAUCAACGCGCAUCCUAACGAAUACUACCACAAUGGCUGCAAACUUCCUUCCGUAACUACGGCCAGCGGAUCCGCUGUUAAAAAAUCGUCCUUUUGCUCUGGAGAACUUAUUUUCGAAGACAACUUCAAUAAGCUGGAUUUGGAAAAGUGGCAACACGAGCAUACUUUGGGAGGUGGCGGUAACGGCGAGUUUCAAUAUUAUCUGAACAAUCGCCAAAACUCGUACGUGGAAAAUGGCAUCUUCUACAUCCGUCCAACGCUGAUAGCUGAUGAAGCUGGCGAAGAUUUCCUGACCAGUGGAACUUUGGAUGCUCACGGGGGUUCUCCUUAUGAUUUUUGCACGAACCCUGCUUGGAACGGAUGUGUUCGCACUGGAACUCCCGACUUUCUUCUAAAUCCGGUAAAAAGUGCACGCGUUCGUACGGUCAAUUCGUUCAACUUCAAGUAUGGCAAGCUGGAAAUCCGCGCCAAAACACCAACUGGCGAUUGGUUGUGGCCUGCGCUAUGGCUUAUGCCUAAGCUUAACCAGUACGGCACGUGGCCAACGUCCGGAGAGAUCGAUCUGAUGGAGACGCGUGGAAAUCUGGACUACCGCUUCCCGGAGGGAGGUCAACUUGGUGUGGAACACGUGGGUCAAACUCUGCAUUUUGGACCUAACCCUUGGACCAACGGGUACGAAACAUCAACAGCUGUGAAGUAUUCAUCGGCCGGAGAGGGAUUCAACAGGGACUUUCACCGCUAUCAGCUGGAGUGGACUCCGGAGUACAUGAAGUUCAGCGUCGAUGACGAGCAGCUGCUAUUGGUCGACGGCAACUUUUGGAAUCGUGGAAACUUUGAGGAUCGCGCUCCUGGAACGCCUAAUCCGUGGGUCAGUGGAGGUAAAAUGGCACCGUUUGAUGAAGAGUUCUACAUCAUUAUGAAUCUGGCGAUUGGAGGUACGGGAGGGUACUUUCCAGAUGCACCCGCCAUGAACGGGGACAAGCCGAAGCCCUGGAUCAACAGUUCGCCGAAAGCGAUCAAGGAAUUCUGGGAAGCACGAGAGGAUUGGUUGCCAACGUGGAAGUUGGAUGAGAAUAACAGCAAGGAAGCUUCACUUCAGGUUGAUUAUGUGAGAGUUUGGGCGCUUUAA